ACAGCGGUUUGUUACUCAGUGUAACCGUUCUUAGUACUUGCUAUACAGUGAAACAACCACCAGAGGGCGCUCCUGACACAGCAUGCAAUGAAAAGUAAAAUUCCACACUAUCACAGUUCCUGCGUUUUUAGCAAAGGCUUUGCUGGAACACACACAGCUACACACGGGUCUCCCAUUGUAUUAUAUCAUUUAUUAUCACAGUUUUAAAAAGCUCCAUACUGGGUGAGCGGAGAGAGGAGAAAGGAAAGGUUUUCAAUAUGGCUUUUUUUUUUUAAAUGAUUCAUUGAUGAAUCACGCUUGCGGGCUUUGAUCGAUUUAAAAAAUAAUUGAUCGAUUUUAUUCUUCUCUACCUGAAAAAGGGAAGCAAAUCAUUUUUUUUUCCAAGAAAGAGCAGAAAAAAUUGGUUGGUGUGUUUGGUAUUAAUACCUUAAUGGAGACAAUAGAUUUAACGCUGAGUAUGAAGAAUGACUCUCACACACACACAGGAGCCAUACUUGUGCUGCUCUUAAUGUAUUAACACUGUGCUGCAUUCACAGACUCAACUCCUCUCCAGACACGUCUAACGUGAUUGAAAUCGCAGUGCUUUGCAUUGUUAAUUGAACACUCAGCCUUGUACGCCAAAACAGAGAAGCACACUCGAAAGCUGCUUGUAGGGAAAGGCAGAGCCAAGCAGACAAGCCUUCGCUCCCGAUUCCCGAUCCCUUUUUAUGGGUUUGUCAGUGCUGCUCGCCGAUCUCCUCGCUCUCGCAUAGACAGACAGACUCGGCUUGUUUCUCACGGUAGGACAGAGCCGCGUUGCAACUCAAAUCACGAGAUCCUCACAAUCCUGCAGGCUUUCAAGGGUUAAUAAAGAAGCUUUGAAAGUGUUGUACCUCAUGCAGCCCUAAGCAGCAGCAGCAACAUGCUUGUUUAUCUCAGAGUUACAAUGCUGUUCAUGUCUCUGUGUGACUCGACAGAUAGAACUGGCAACAAGGUCUUCUUUUUCUGAUAAAGACUCAACUAUAGGAGAAUGUAGCAAACUGAAUUAGUAUUCAUUAGCAUACAAUUGAGCAAGACUGGGAACAAAAUAGCUUUUAAAAAAAAAUCACAGAGGAACAAUACAUGGUUAAAAUAAUGUCUCAGAAGUGGGCUGGUUGAUAAAGAUAGAUACAGCGCUGCAUUAUUCCACCUGUUCUGCAAGCCCGAAUGCGCCACCACUGCAAAAAUAAACAUGCCUUCCCAUUCGAUGAGCCCUUAACCUGACUGCUAAUUUAACAAGGAGUGUAAGUCAUCUGUGUUGCUGAGGAGGAGGUUUGGAUGGGUGGGGCUGUUUCCCAAAUGUGUGAUUCAAUUUAAAACAGAGCCAGCAAUGGUUUGUAUCGAAUCCUCCUCUAAGUGCAGGUAGCCCCACACUGCUAAGUGAACGGGUUGCAACCUAACUGACAGGGAAAUCAGUGUUCUACAAAGAACAGUCUAAUAGUGCAAUCGAGCCUCCAAAUAAAUAAUGUCACUAAUAGAACAAUGUGACCAGUGGAACAGCAGCAGACAGCAGUGCCGUGUGUGUGGCUUGGCUAAGUUACAUAACACUUGCUCUAGUGCAGAACUCUGAACGCUGCAGACCUUUAUACAGGCCAAGGAAAGAUAACCACUCAAAACAGCUGAGCUCUGCAUAUGAAAGAGGAAAUGCAUUUCUGCAUCUCUCUCUCUCUCUCUCUCUCUCUCUCUCUCUCUCUCUCUCGAUAUCAUUUUUCUAUCAUGUAUAAUUCACUUUUUCAAAUCCUCAAGCACAAUUCUCUGUAAGGGAAAUCCCGCCUUUGAGGUGCGGAGUCCUCCAGAAUUUUAUCGGCAUCCGCAAAUAAUUAACUGAUCAAGACCUGUAAUGAAGUCGGAUUGAUUCAGGUUAGGGUGCCCCUGCUUUCGGGGAUCCCUGCAUUUCACAAUGACUGCAGAGCUGUACAAACACCCUGCCCCACUGCAGCACGCUUGUAACUGUCUCCUGGUUCUCCGUCUCACUUUGCUCUACUGCAAUGUAUUUUUUAACGCGGUGUGCACUGAUUGAUCUGCGGGGCAUUGCGACGCGCAUCUGAAGACUGUUUUGUUCAUUCAAUGUGUGUGUUUGUACUGUUAGGUUUCCACCUCGUUCACUUUUGCAUGUAUUCCCUUGAGGAGCCAGGUGGGGUAACUCAAUGGCUCAGAAUGAAACAGAACUAGUGCAGCUGUACAUUGAUAAACAACCUGUCUGGGAUGUGCUUGCAUUAUUAUUAUUAUUAUUAUUAUUAUUAUUAUGAAAAGUGAUCUUUUGAGCUGAAGUACCAUAGAUACCAAAUAAAACACUAGACGUCACAUCCGGUCAUUUUAACAAAGUAGAUACCGUGUUAUUACUGCAUGCUCAGGUUUGAAAGUUGCCUGGUACAUUACACAUUAGCUAGUAAUAUUGUAAACAAAUACGAUCUGGGUUUGCCCUAUCUGGACUGAGAUUACAGUGUUGUGCAAGUUCACGAUCCCGCCCAGAUAACACUCACUGAGGAGGGCGAGCGUUUGCACUGUGUUCGUGUUAAAGUCUGCCCGAGUGCCACGAUCACGGAUACGCUGCUGCAGACGGGACAGAGUGCUAUCUGUGUGUGUGUGAGGCCGUGUACCGGACGGGUUAUCUGAGCGGUGCUAAAGCCGGGGCGCUGCCGAAUCCGGACCGAGCACUGAGAACCUGACUGAUGCAUUGAAGCACUGCAGCGAUCAACUUACACCUCGUAAUCCUGCAGCUACACUCUGCCCUUCCAGCUCUCUUGACAGUUCCACACACACACACACACAUGUCCAUGGAGAAGCAGGCUGUGGAGCGAGCGAGGACUGCCUUCCUCACCGGGAGGGCGCGACCCCUGGAGUUCAGAGCUCGGCAGCUGAAGGCUCUUCAGAGGAUGAUCACAGAGCAAGAGCACGACAUCGCUGCUGCGCUCAAACGCGACCUCAACAGGAACGAGUUUCAGACACCUCUGUUCGAGCUGGUGAGCCUGGAGAGCGAGAUCCAGCUGGCUCUGGAGAAGCUCCCGGAGUGGACAGCUCCUCGGCCCGCAGAGAAGACCCUUCUCACCAUAUCAGACGAGGUUUACAUCCAGCCAGAGCCCCUGGGGGUGGUCCUGAUCAUCGGAGCCUGGAACUACCCCUUCGCCCUGGUCAUCCAGCCCCUCAUAGGGGCCAUAGCAGCCGGUAACGCAGCUGUGAUCAAGCCCUCUGAAGUGAGCGAGCACACAGCCAGGCUGCUAGAGGAUCUGCUCCCUCAGUACAUAGACCGGGACAUGUACCCCGUGGUGAACGGAGGGGUCCCCGAGACCCAGGAGCUCCUGCAGCAGCGCUUCGAUCACGUCUUCUACACGGGGAACGGCGCCGUGGGCAAGCUGGUGAUGGGGGCUGCUGUUCACCACCUCACCCCCGUCACCCUGGAGCUGGGCGGGAAGAGCCCCUGCUACAUCGACAAGGACUGUGACCUCUCCGUCGUCUGCCGCCGGAUCACGUGGGGGAAGUUUGUAAACUGUGGGCAGACGUGCAUCGCCCCCGACUACGUUCUGUGUGAGCAGAGCAUCCAGGGCAGGGUGGUGGAGGGGAUCCGACACACACUGCUGGAAUUCUACGGCGAUGAUCCCAAGACGUCUCCAGAUUACGGGCGCAUGAUCAACAAGCGGCACUUCAAGAGAGUGAUGGAUCUGCUGGAGGGGGAGACGGUGGCUCUGGGCGGGGAGAGCGACGAGGCUGACUGCUACAUCGCCCCCACAGUGCUGCUGGAUGUGCCCCCCCACUCCAGGGUCAUGCAGGAGGAGAUCUUCGGCCCCGUCCUUCCCCUGGUGAGCGUGGGGAGCGUCGACGAGGCCAUUCGCUUCAUCAACCAGAGAGAGAAGCCCCUGGCUCUGUACGUCUUCUCAUACGACAAAAAGCUGAUAAAGCGGAUGAUCUCUGAGACUUCCAGUGGAGGGGUGAUCGCGAAUGAUACACUGCUGCAUUACAGCGUCGGCUCGUUGCCCUUCGGGGGUGUGGGUAAAAGUGGAAUAGGCAGCUACCAUGGGAAGCACAGCUUUGAGCGGAUGAGCCACCAGCGCGCCUGCCUGAUCCGGUCUCUGUCCCGGGAGGGGAUGAACAAGGUGCGCUACCCUCCCCAGGAGGCCAGCAAGCUCCGGGUGGCCAAGUACUUCAUGCAGAAGAGGCUGUGGACAGGGGGGCUGUGCUGGGUCACGCUGGCUGUGCUGGCUGCCCUGCUGGUUCUCGCUUUACUCAUCACCCUGCUGGCUCUCAUCCUCAAGGGCUCCGAACAAUGACAGGAAUCCUCACCUUUUAGGGCUCGGCAUUAUUAGGGCUAAUGGCGCUUCCCCUUUAAUGAUGGCGCAUUGCGUUUUAUUUUGCAAACAGAAACAAUGAAUGUUAGUAAUAAUCUCAAUUGUUAAUACAGAUACAUUUUUAUUUUGAUUUGACUUUUUUUUCAAGCAUGUAAAACAGGACUUGGUCUCAGAGGCAGGUAUUCAUUUAAGAGGGAGAAGAGCUGUAGUAUGCUUUAUAUUAGUGAUAUUAGCACGUACUGUAGCUGUUUGUAAAAAUAAAUAUGUUUUUUUUUUGUUUGGUUUUUUUUUUUAACCCAAUAAAAACCUUUUAUUACCGUUUUUUGGUUUUGGGAUUCGUUUAUUUAUUUGUCAGAUUUUCAUGUCGUUACAACUGCCGGCCACUAGAUGUCACUCUGCUGUCAUUAAUAAAGAAGUGCCUUUCCCUGUCCACUGUCCACUUUGUGUUAUACAGUACUGUG